CUGGUACCGCUCCGAAAGAUACCAGCUCCAAAUUUCCGACGAGUAUUCCCUUCUCUCGUCGUCUGAACGAGGGGCGAGCUAGAAUUUGGGUUCUUGAGCGGCCGAUGGAGCUUCCUGAAUCCUCGAAUCCAGUCUUGGCUCCCCGAUCCAAAGGUAACAGAUUCCUAGCCACCCGAGCUCCAGCUCUCGUUCUCUGCCGUUUCAUUUCAUCUUGACUGGGGUUAGGGUUCCCACAUUCUUUGUUCCCUUCGGUCUCUCUCUUCUUCGUUCGAUCGGGGAGCCAAAGAUGGAUGAAGAUAUGGACGAUUUCCGCGAUCUCUAUGGCGACCUUGAGGAUCGUGUCAAUGCGGGCAUCUCCUGUGUCCAAGAAAAUCAAUACUCCCGUUCGGCUGAGAGAACUAUGAGCAGCUCGAAGUGUGGGGGAUUCGAUUCGAUCAAUGAGGAGCACAACUCGGAUGAUCUAAUUGCUGAAGGCAAUGCGAGACCGGUGGCUUCCAACCGGGGGAUGGAAAGUCUGGCUUUUGGAAUGGAGGAGAGCGGCAACAGCAGCGACAGCGAAGGUGAUCUUCGUAUACUUUUGAACGAGGAUGACUGUUUGAAGAUGCCACCUUCACAAAGAGUAAAUCUUGGGAAUGGAGGCUUGGUGGUGGGAGAGGAUGAGGGAGGGGAAGAGGAUGAGGAUUUGGUGAAUCCUUAUGGGACUGAUUGUCCACAGAAAAAUCUGAAGUGGGAAAACCAGUUGUGGUCGCCUACUGAUGGGAUGGUGCAGGUUAGCACUGAAAGAGGGAAUACAGCAAAGUUGAGCUGCCAUGGUUGGUAUGUAGGAUCUAAUCCAGGAGGAUUCCCAUAUAAUGGAAAAACUUCAGUGCCUGGAAGAGGCGAUCGGGAUCAGCCAGUGAUGCUAUCUUCAGAGGUUACUGCAACCUGCAAUUUGAGGAUUCCUGCAUCAGCUCAAAAUGGAUAUAGUUUCACUUUGCCUCGAAAUAAGUUUGUUCUGACCAUAGACCAUUUUUGAUAUAAGUAUUGAAGCAUUGGAGCAGAAGCCCUGGAGGCAACCACAAGUGGAUAUAACAGACUACUUUAACUUCGGCCUGGAUGAGGAUAGCUGGGAAAGCUACCGUCAAAACUUGGUCCUUGUUGAUAACAUUAUGGGACAUUCUUUCAGUAUAUAGUGCCUUAAACUUUAUAAUGCCUUUAAUUCGAAUUUUCCAGGGUCAGUUUAGGCAGCAAGUGUUUGCCCUUAAUUACAAAUUAUCAGGGCUGAAUCAGGUUGACUCUGAGCUGGGAUCACCUAAAGCCAUGUUGAGUAAAGCUUCUCAGUGGGGACAUAAAGAACAGUGUUUCUUAGAUAUGGGAAAUGUUGAGGAGAGGUUAAUGGUGCUUCAGAUGCCAAAGGGUAGAGCAAUUCAGGUUGAAAGUGGUGUUGGUGAACGCACACCAUCACUAGACAUAAGGCGACCGAGAUACAGUGAUUCUGAUGUAGUGAUACAGAUUGCUACGGAUGAUUGUAUGAAGGAUGUGUCCAUUCCGUGGGGAGAACUUGAACUUGCAGAACAAGGACAUGUAGAUUGCUCAAUGUUAGAAUGUCAGAACGAGCCAAAUGAAGGAAUGUUGUCUCUGGACCAUGAUGAUCAAAGAUGUUGGAAAACCACCAAUCCUCUCAUGCAUUGCUAUCCUGGGGUGGCAGAAACUAAUUUAAGGGGACCUGCUGAAGAGGUUAAAGCCAAACUGGAGUACUCUAAGGGUGAUAGAGAGCAUUCUUUGAGAGUUGAUACCUUGCCAAUGGAAGCUGAAUUUGCUUCUGGUUUUCAAGUUAUGCAUGGUUUCAGUUCAUCUGAUAUUGAUAAUCAUUAUGAACCAUCCAAGGAUGAUGGCUGUUUGGAGAAAACUCAUGAUGCUACUGGAAAGCCAUCUUUGGAUGCAGUAACUGGACUGCAAGAGUCAGUUUUAUCUGAUUGUUAUCUUUCAAAUGAUUCCAGAAUCAAUGCAACUAAAACAGAGCUAGAAGAUAUUAAAGGCAACACUUACGACCAUCCCUUCUCUCCAGCAGGUUACAAAGGUUGGAAUACACAUGGACACAGUAUCAUCGCUGAAUUGAAUAUACCUGCAGAAGAUGAACAAGCUUUUAUACAGUCUUCCAGGAAGUGCCAGAAUGAUGUGGAUCAUUUCAAAGUGAGUGGCACAAGGGAAAGGAAGUGCCAUCACUUUACUGGUGUGGGAGGACAUUUGUCUUCUAAUAAACAAACAAAAAUGCCAACAAGUUACAAGAGUAGAAAGUAUGCUGAAAAGCAUGCUAGUGAAGAGUCUUCUACUAAAGCUUAUCACAAGAAGGGAGAUCAUGAUGCACAUCUCUGGAGGAACCAGGAUGAGAGAGACUAUUUACUUGAGAAAAGAGCUGCUGGAAGGGAUUAUUCCAUAAAACACCGUGAGUACUACUCACAUGAAUGGUGUCACGAUGAUCGAGGGGAAGGAGUUGUUGAUUGUGAGCAUUUUGACAAAUCAAUUUCAGAAUAUGGUUUUUUUUUCUUGGGAAAGGAUUCAAGCAUGGGGCACAAAAAGGAAAGGGAGAAUGAGCAUAUCAUCCGGACUGAUAGUGUAAAUUAUGAUAAUAUGAGUGAACACAGAUAUAGACAAAAACAUGUACAAGAAAUGCAUAAAAUGUAUGUACCCAAAUGCAAUAGGAAAGAGGAAAUCUUUGAUCACAGGUUCUGUAGACCUGCAUCCUGCAGUGGCAGAGGACAAAGAACCCCUGAAAGAAGAGACAAAUUUGACAAAAGUUCAUGUUUUGACUUGUAUGGAUCUAAUAAGUAUAUGGAAUAUGAUGCCAAAAGGUUGAGACAUAUUGAUGGUAGGCUGCUGGAUUCUCAAACAUAUGAACACCAUGUUGAGGAUGAAAGAGGUUGGCAUGAUUCCAGUCCAGCAAGAAAUUACUUACCUGUGUCAUGGAGGUUGCAUGAAAAAUUCGUGGAUCACAGAAAACAUUUUGCUAUUAGAGAGAUACCAUCCAUGUAUAAGAAAUAUGAAUGGCAUUUUCUUCCAAGCAGCAAGGAUUGUCAUCAUUUAUCUGAUGAAAAUGGAAACAAAUUUGAUUAUGAUGAAUCCAUUACUGAAGAAAGAGGUACAUACGUUGAUGACAUUGUUCCGGAGAAAAGAUAUGGUUGGCUUGCUAAGCCAAGACCUCAUAUUGAUGACAAAGUCUCUUUUCGGCAUCAAGAGCCAUACUUGCUUUCUCGAAAGGAAUCUUUUCUCUGUGAAGGGAGUCCAAGACAUGAGAAGAGUCUUGUUAAUCAGCAUUUAGUUGGUGGUAGAAAAUUUUCUGAUGACCGCCGAUUGGGUAAUGCUGAAAAGGAAAUAAUUAAUGAAAAAAAUGCUGCUUCUGAUGCUAGGGAACAUAAUAAAUUUGUUCUGCACAAUUUUGAUCAGCAAAGGCAUGAGCUGGCAACUUUAGUGUGCAGAGAUGCUUUCAACAUGCAUUUGAAUGGUUUGGAAAGAAAGUUCCACAAAAGAGGCAAUGGAGUUACAGUUACACACGAAAGGCAUAGAGAUGUAGCUUAUACAGUGGAUAAAGAACUCGAGACUUCCAGGUAUGUUGAAGUUGUUCGCAUGUUGGAGGUUCCUCUCCAUAUUCCAAAAUCUGAGAGAACUCAUAAUCACCCAACCAACUUGAAGAAGAGAGUGAAAGAGUUAAAGUCAGAAGAACAUUCAGAUGAUCACUUUGUUAAGAAAUGUGAAGGCAAACAUCCUAUUUCACAAGGUCAUGAUGAUGAUGAGAUUGAAGAGGGUCAGGUGAUAGAAGAUUCUGAUGAUCAACAUGUGGUGUCAACGACUAAAGAUUGGAAUCGUGAGAAAAAAGUAGCAUUCCCUACAGUUACAGCAAGCCGGAGAGCUAAUGUAGGAGAGAAAAAACAAGCAAAAGAAUCUACACCAGAUAAUAAGAUAUUUGUGGGAUAUGACAGCAAUCGCAUACUUGAGACACUAGCAAAGAUGGAAAAGCAUCGGGAACGGUUCAAAGAACCGAUUGCUCUGAAGCGAGGACCUGAGAAGACUCUGAAUUCACAGUUGGAGGUUGCAGCUGUAACAGAUGAAGUUAAUCAACAGAGGCCUGCCAGGAAACGGCGGUGGGGGAGGGCAUUCAUCUGAGUAGACCAUCAUAAUGGCUUUGGAGUAUUUUGAGAAAACCACCUGUUGCAUUCCCUGUGAAGCUGAAUAAUUUCCAAUGACGUUGAUCUAAAGACGAAGUGCUCCUGAUAUUAUGCUGCUGAACUAUCUCUCUCUCUCUCUCUCUCUCUCUGAUGUACAUCAUUGUUUCUUUAAUUUGCUUCAUACUGCAGU